AAAACGAUAUAUUAUUUACCUACUUACAGAUUAAAGCAUUAAGAAAUUAUAUAUAUUAAAAAACAGUUGCACUCGGUCCUAGCCCCCCCCCCCAAUACAAUGGUAUCCCCCACACUACGUGGCCCCAUCCACCCUCCUCCCCCCCUGGUGGGGUCGGUGGUGGAGGGCUUCCAGUGGGCCGUCCUCAGCCACCCGCAGACUGUGGCUCUCAUCGACGCCUCCACUGACGUCAGCCUCACGUACCAGCAGCUGGCAGAGCUCGUCAGCGCCAUCAGCAG